AUGGCUAAUUAAAUUUUGUUAUGCUUAUUGAUAAUUUCACUGCUAUCAAUAGGCCAGCUAACUUUCGCUUCAGAAAGAAAGUCUUCGAAUGAAAGACUUGAGAAAAAAGACAAUUUUGUUCCUUAAUGGGAAGAAAGACAGCACCACCUUCCUGAGUUUAUGAGAGUCUCAGGAGUAGCAUCUGGAUACCUUCCUUCUGAACAAGUUAUUAUUGAAUUCGAUAUUGAAACUUUAGGCGAUUCAGCUGGAACUUCAUUACUGUAAAACAACAAAAGUAUAUCUAAAGCUAUCAAUGAGAUGAAAAAGGCAGGAGUUGAAGAAAGCGAAUUGACUACCUAAGAUAUGAGAAUUUUUCCUUCAUACAGAGAAGAAUAUGAUGGUAAAAUAAAGAGUUACCAAUCUACAAUCGAAGGUUAUAAAGUUGAAAAUAAAUUGAAAUUUAUUUCAAAAAAGCUCUUUUUAGCUGGAAAGGUUAUUGACAUCGCUGUUAGUAAUGGAAUCAAUAAAAUAUCUUCAGUUCAAUUUGUGCCAACCCAAACUAAAAUAAAAGAAUUAAAGGACUCUUUAAUAUCAUAGGCAGUAGAAGAUGCUGUAAAAAGAGCAAAUCUCGCUCUCUAAUCUUUAAAUUAUGAAAUAAAAUCAGUUAAAAAGAUUGACAUUGAAAAUGAUUCACAUGGAAAAAACCAAAUUUAUAAAUCUAAAGCUUCAUUUUUAGAAUCUUAUUCACCUGGAAGUGAAUUAAGUGAAGAAACAAAGCUUUUUGAUAACCUAAAAAAGUUUACUGUCUCAGUGAAUGUUUCUUUUAUAAUAGGAAGAAAAGAAUCAAGUUGA